GAAAGGUCCCAGUACAAAAAGUAUAUAAAGCACAUUGGAACACACCGGAGUCAUACUUCUUGUUCCAGUAUAAUAAAGACUUACUUUCCUGCCGCCAUCAUGAUGUGUGGAGGCACCGGAGAGGCGAAGGCCGCCAACGAAGACGUCCAGCAGAUCUGUGACAAAGUGAAGCCUGAAGCGGAGAAGAAAGCCGGCAAGUCCUUUGAGGUCUUCACUGCCAAGACCUUCAAGACUCAGGUGGUCGCCGGAACCAACUUCUUCAUCAAGGUGCACGUGGGAGGAGACGAGCACGUCCACCUCCGCGUCUUCCAGUCGCUGCCGCACGCUGGCAGGACACUGGAGCUGAGCGACAUGCUAGAGUCCAAGAGUCACUCCGACCCCAUCGAGCACUUCUGAGAUGCUCCUGAUUGUUCCUUUUUAAACACACUUUUGUAUCGCCAGCACUCAUAAAUGAUUGCAACUCUC